AGGCCAUAAACAAUCCUUCAUUGACCCACUUAUUCACAAAUCUCUUCUAGACUUUUCUCCACCACAGAAAACUUUAUUCACUCGUUUGACCAUCCUCUCUCUCUUCUUUCUGUUAGCUAGCAUAAGUCUGCUUUCAUGUUUGCUUAUUGGCUUUGUGAAAUGGAUGACUUCACAAUCAAUAACCACUCCAUAAAACUAUUUGUUUUAGUUUUGUUGAUGUCCCAAGUUACGAUGACUCCAGGCCUAGGAGAGAUCCUAUUGAAUUUAACUGAUCAUAAUGAGGAAUGUCUAAGCCAGAGCUGGAAGCCUAUUGGUCCAAGCGCGUACAGGACGAUUGAAGAAGCAACGGCAACAGCCUAUAAUGAAAGAAGGAGGCUGUCACCUUUUCAGCUGUGCAUGCUUUGCAAGUGUUGCUCGGCUUCCAACUGUGCCACCAUGCCUUGCUGCUUUGGCAUAGACUGCCAACUCCCAAACAAGCCCUUUGGAGUUUGUGCUUUUGUUCCCAAGUCUUGCAAUUGCACCUCUUGUGCCACUGCUUGACCCCUUGCAGUUUUUCUUCUGCUAAACCAGAGAAGAAUAAUAUGAAAAAGUAAUAAUAAAAAUCAAAAAGGAAAACCCUUUUAGCUCCUUGAUUCUCCUAAUCUAUCUUGGUACUUCUGGCAAGUGUUGGUAAACCACAAAUGACAACCAUAUUGGCAUGUCAGAGAGAAUCGUACAAAUUAUCAAGUUUUUUUUUUUUUUUU